GAUACAAAAUCUCGAUAACAAAAUAGAGAAAACAUAAGUAACAGUUAAUAAGGACUCAGAAGAACUAAAGAGCAAACAAACAGUGAUGGACAACAAAAUAAAUGAAAUUAAAAAUACUCUAGAUGGUAUAAACAGCAGAAUAACUGAGGCAGAAGAAUGAAUAAGUGAGUUGGAAGAUAGAAUGGGGGAAAUAACCACCACAGAGCAGGAAAGAAAAAAAAGAAUAAAAAGAAUGGAAGACAGUCUCAGAGACCCUGGUGACAACACUAAAUGCACCAACAUUGGAAUCAUAGGCAUCCCAGAAGAAGAAGAAAAAAAGAAAGGGUCUGAGAAAAUAUUUGAAGAGGUUAUAGUGGAAAACUUCCCCCACAUGGGAAAGGAAAUAAUUAAUCAAGUCCAAGAAACACAGAGAGUCCGAUACAGAAUAAACCCAAGGAGAAAUACACCAAGGCACAUAUUAAUCAAACUAACAAAAAUUAAACACAGUGAUUUCCAUCAUGGCGGCUUCCAUUUCGGGCUACACCUUCAGCGCUGUGUAUUUCCACAGAGCCAACAGCAACGCCGACCACGAAGGAUUUUUGCUGGGAGAGGUAAGACAAGAGGAAACCUUCAGCAUCAGUGACUCCCAAAUCAGCAACACAGAAUUUCUACAAGUAAUUGAAAUCCAUAACCAUCAGCAUUGUUCAAAACUUUUUAGUUUUUAUGACUAUGCAAGCAAAGUUAAUGAGGAGAGCUUGGACAGAAUUCUUAAAGAUUGGAGAAAGAAAGUUAUUGGAUGGUACAGAUUCCGGCGAAACACACAGUAGCAGGUGUUGUACAGAGAGCAGGUUAUCCAUAAGCAGCUCACCCGCAUCCUUGGGGUGCCCGACCUUGUCUUGCUUCUCUUCAGCUUCAUCUCCACCGCCAACAAUUCCACUCAUGCUUUAGAAUACGUUCUCUUUAGACCAAAUCGAAGGUAUAAUCAGAGGAUAUCCCUUGCUAUUCCCAAUCUGGGCAAUACUAGCCAGCAAGAGUAUAAAGUGUCUUCAGUGCCAAAUACUUCUCAGAGUUAUGCCAAAGUUAUUAAAGAACAUGGUACUGACUUUUUUGACAAGGACAGAGUAAUGAAAGACAUCAGGGCAAUUUAUCAGGUUUAUAAUGCACUUCAGGAGAAAGUGCAGGCAGUGUGUGCAGACGCAGGAAAGAGUGAACGAGUUGUUGAAUCUUGUCAGGUGGAAGUGAACAAAUUAAGAAGACAAAUCACUCAGAGGAAGAAUGAAAAGGAACAAGAAAGAAGAUUGCAGCAGGCAAUGAUAAGCAGACAGAUGCCAUCUGAAAGUUUGGACCCCAUGUUCAGCCCUUGGAUGCCCUAUCCUGGGUUCGCAGCUGAAGGCAGAAUUACGCUUGGAGAUGCAGAGGCCUUGGAUCCUCCUCCCCCUUAUUCUGAUCUUCACCCAAAUAAUCAAGAAAGUACUCUGAGCCAUUCUCUCAUGGAAACUAGCAUCUUUAUGCCUCGACCUCAAGCCAUGGGCUCCUCCAGUUAUGCCUCCACCAGUGCCAGACUGAAAUAUCCUGGAAGUGAAGCAGACCUUCCUCCUUUCCAAAGAGCAGCUGGAGACAGUGCUGAGGAAUCAGACGACAGUGAUUAUGAAAAUUUGAUUUACCCUACAGAGCCCUCUAAUAGCGAAUACUCACAUUCAAGGGAUUCUCGACCCAUGACAUAUCCUGACGGGGGCUCCAGGAACACUCAGACUUCCCAGAUUUAA